AAGACCAACAAUCAGACGAAUGAUACGGAAGAAUGAUUGAAGCAAACAUUGGAGCAGUUGUUGUUCAGCAGGAAGGAGCCUCGGAGGGGGUCAAGUAGCAAGGUGUCCAAGCAUGUUGCAGGCUUGGCGUGCGUGGAGACAAGGGGUCGCGGCUCCUGGAUUCAGAGCGAAAUAGACGUGGCAGUAAGGAUAGCUGUAACUGUCCAUUCCAUCUUCAAACAACUCUCCCAAUUCCACACCUUCAACCGCCCUGUCGUCGCCAGCUGCUGCAGCGCAUCCGACCCUCUACUCUUCGGCAAUUGCGCACAGCCCAUACCUCGAUGUGUGAAGCUGCGGCUUCGGCUCUAUAAAUACCUCCAUCAACAUGUCUUCCAACACAUAUCCCACCAUGCUCACAAAGUUCGAGUCCAAGUCGUCGAGAGCAAAGGGCAUUGCCUUCCAUCCCAAGCGUCCAUGGAUCCUCGUCUCGCUACACUCGUCCACCAUCCAACUAUGGGAUUACCGUAUGGGCACCCUGAUUGAUCGCUUUGAAGAGCACGAUGGUCCUGUGCGAGGUGUCGACUUCCACAAGACGCAACCGCUGUUCGUAUCCGGAGGUGACGACUACAAGAUCAAGGUCUGGUCGCUCCAGACCCGUCGCUGCCUGUUUACUUUGAACGGCCAUCUCGACUAUGUGCGCACUGUAUUCUUCCACCACGAGCUUCCCUGGAUCAUUUCGGCCUCAGAUGAUCAGACCAUCCGCAUCUGGAACUGGCAGAACCGCUCGCUGAUCUGCACCAUGACUGGCCACAACCACUACGCCAUGUGUGCUCAGUUUCACCCCAAGGAGGAUCUCGUCGUUUCUGCUUCCCUCGAUCAAUCUGUCCGCGUCUGGGACAUCUCCGGCUUGCGCAAGAAGCACUCGGCUCCCACCUCGAUGACUUUCGAAGAUCAAAUGGCCCGCGCCAACGCGAAUCAAGCCGACAUGUUUGGCAACACAGAUGCCGUUGUCAAGUUUGUGCUCGAGGGCCACGACCGUGGCGUCAACUGGGUCUCGUUCCACCCUACACUGCCCUUGAUCGUCUCGGCCGGUGAUGAUCGCUUGAUCAAGCUCUGGAGAAUGAGCGAAACAAAAGCUUGGGAGGUGGAUACAUGCAGAGGUCACUUCCAGAACGCCUCAGCCGCCCUGUUCCACCCUCACCAGGACCUCAUUCUGUCGGUCGGCGAGGAUAAGACUUUGCGAGUCUGGGACCUGAACAAGCGAUCUUCGGUUCAGUCUUUCAAGCGCGAGAACGACCGCUUCUGGACAAUUGCCGCUCACCCUGAAAUCAACUUGUUCGCCGCUGGUCACGACAAUGGUGUCAUGGUCUUCAAGCUUGAGCGCGAACGUCCUGCUUCGGCCGUCUACCAAAACAACCUCUUCUACAUCACAAAGGACAAGCAGGUCCGCUCCUACGACUUCACCAAGAACAUUGAGAGCCCCUCGAUGCUUUCCCUCAAGAAGCUUGGAAGCCCUUGGGUACCCCCGCGUGCUAUUUCAUACAACCCUGCAGAGCGCGCCGUUCUGGUCACAUCGCCCGCCGACGGCGGUUGCUACGAACUGAUCAACCUGCCUAGAGAUGCUUCGGGUGCUGUGGAGCCCACUAAUUCCCUGCGCGGCACCGCCACUUCGGCUGUCUUCGUCGCUCGCAACCGUUUCGCCGUCUUCAACCAGCCUAACCAGCAGAUUGACAUCAAAGAUCUCCAGAACUCGACUACCAAGACGAUUAAGCCUCCGCCAGGCACUGUCGACGUCUACUUCGGUGGCACUGGCUGCUUGCUGCUCAUCACCCCUACUACAGUUGUUCUCUACGACAUUCAGCAAAAGAAGCAGCUCGCCGAGCUUGCCGUGAACGGUGUCAAAUAUGUUGUCUGGUCUUCUGACGGUCUGUACGCCGCGUUGCUUAGCAAGCACAACGUCACAAUUGUCAACAAGUCUCUGGAGCAAGUCAGCACUCUGCACGAGACUAUUCGCAUCAAGAGUGCCGUCUGGGAUGACACUGGUGUCCUUCUCUACUCCACUCUCAACCACAUCAAGUACACUCUCAUGAACGGUGACAACGGUAUCGUUCGCACUCUUGAUCAGACCGUCUACCUUGUUCGCGUCAAGGGCAGAAGUGUUUAUUGCCUCGACAGAGCUGCAAAGCCCAAGGUCAUGACUAUCGAUCCAACUGAAUACCGCUUCAAAAUGGCUCUUGUCAAGAGACACUAUGAUGAGAUGCUGAACAUCAUCAAGAACUCCAGUCUUGUUGGUCAAAGUAUCAUUUCUUACCUACAGAAGAAGGGUUACCCUGAGAUCGCUCUCCAAUUCGUCCAGGAUCCUCAGACUAGAUUCGAGUUGGCUAUCGAAUGCGGAAACCUCGAGGUUGCUGUUGAGAUGGCCAAGGAGCUGGACCGCCCCAAGCUUUGGCAACGUUUGAGCACUGAGGCUCUCGCUCACGGAAACCACCAGGUUGUCGAGAUGACUUAUCAAAAAUUGCGCAACUUCGACAAGCUCUCUUUCCUGUACUUGUCGACUGGUGACGAGUCGAAGUUGCAAAGAAUGGCCAAGAUCGCCGAGCACCGUGGCGACAUGACCUCUCGCUUCCAGAACUCGCUCUACCUGGGCGAUGUCCAGACUAGAAUUGACAUGUUGAAGGAGAUUGAUCAAUACCCUCUUGCCUACCUGACGGCCAAAGCUAAUGGCAUGGAGGAAGAAUGCCAAAACAUCCUUGAAGCUGCUGGUCUUACCGAGGACCAGGUUACCAUGCCUGAUACCGGCAAGCCUUUGUCGACACCUCCCGUAAUUGUUCCUACUUUCCAGUCAAACUGGCCCGUCAAGUCAUCAGGUGCUUCUUCGUUCGAGAAGGCCUUGCUUGCUGAUGGUGGUGCAGAGGAAGUCGUACCUGCCAGCAACGGAUACGACGCUGACUUCCUCGAGGCUGAGACUGCAGUACCUGAGGAGGAGGCUAAUAUUGAGCAAGAGGACGACGAAGACGCUGCUGGUUGGGACAUGGGUGAUGAUAGCUUCGCCGAAGCCGAAGAAGAAUUCGUCAAUGUUGAGACAGUGGAAGCAGGCGCUGGAAGCAGCGAGGCAGAUGUAUGGGCACGCAACUCACCAGUCGCUGCUGACCACGUUGCUGCUGGAUCUUAUGAGUCUGCCAUGAAUCUUCUCAACAGACAAGUUGGUGCAGUGAACUUCAAGCCUCUAGAGGCUAGAUUCGAGGAGAUCUACACCGCUUCGCGUACAUUCUUGCCGGCCAACCCCGAGUUGCCGCCUAUUGUCAACUACGUCCGUCGCACACUCAAGGAUACCGACUCACGAAAGAUCUUGCCUUUCAUUCCCGGCGAUCUUGAGACGAUCACCACAACUGACCUGCAAGCGGGCAAGCAAUCAAUGCAGAAGAACAAGCUCGAGGAUGGUGUUCAAAUAUUCCGCAAGAUCUUGCAGACCCUGAUUCUCAACGCUGUGUCAUCGCAAGCACAAGUCAACGAGGCCAAGGAACUCAUUCAGACCGCCGCACAAUACAUACUCGCCAUGUCGAUCGAGUUGACUCGUAGAGAGCUUGUUGGUGGCACUACAGACUUGAGCUCUUUCUCAGAAGAGGACAAGAAGCGGGCUCUUGAGCUCUCAGCAUACUUCACUAUUCCUGCCAUCGAGCCCCAACAUCAGACUCUGGCUUUGUUCACCGCCAUGAACUUUGCACACAAGAACAAGCAAUUGAGCAGUGCUCUGAACUUUGCUAACGCGUUGAUUGAGAGAGGCACAAAUGCUCGUUUCAAGGAGAACGCAAAGAAGGUCAAAGCAGUCUGCGAACGUCAACCUGGUGAUGCUGUCGAAAUCGAAUACGACUCGUUCGCCGAGUUCGACGUCUGCGGUGCAUCAUACACACCGAUUUACAGCGGCGAGCAGAGUGCAAGCUGCCCCUACGAUGGUGUCAAGUACCAAGUACAGUUCAAGGGAACAGUCUGUAAGGUGUGCGAGAUUUGUGCCAUCGGAGCACCGGCUAGCGGUUUGAGGUUGACUGUUUGAUUUGCUAUCGAAUAACCAGGGGAGGCUUGGUAAGGUGUUGAAUGGGUGAAAAGAAGCUGUGCUGUUUUUUUGUGUAGGCUAUCGCAACCAGU